UUAGAAUUUGUAAUAUUUGAUGUAUUUCGCAAAAAAUAGUUAUUUUUUUCAGAGAAAUACCUGCUUACUUUAUAGUUUAUUUAGAAGAAUGUCUUCGAAUUUGAAAUGUAAAGUUGCUGUUUGCCAGUUCACCGCCUCUAAUAAUAAAUCAGAAAACUUGACCGUUGUUCAAAAACUAGUGAAUGAUGCAGUUUCAAAAGAUGCCAAGAUGGUAUUCUUACCCGAGGCAACAGAUUAUAUUGCUACAAACAAGACAGAAGCUAAAUCUUUAGCCGAACCAUUGGAUGGCCCUUUAGUGAGUGAGUACAAGAAGAUUGCUAAGCAGAAUAAAGUUUGGUUAUCCUUGGGAGGACUGCAUGAGAAAAUUGAUGAAGAUUUAGUCUACAAUAGUCACAUAGUAAUUGAUGAUACAGGCGAAAUAAAAUCCGUGUAUAGAAAAAUUCAUUUGUUUGAUGUGGCUAUUCCAGAGAAGAAUGUAUUUCUCAGAGAAUCAGAUAUUAACAUUGGAGGCUCCCAAAUUUUGCCUCCUGUCAACACACCUGCUGGACAAAUAGGACUAGCUAUUUGUUAUGAUCUCCGAUUCCCAGAGCUAAGCACAUUACAAACUAAAUUGGGUGCUGAAAUUCUCACCUAUCCUUCUGCAUUUACCUCUGGUACAGGCCUAGCUCAUUGGGAAAUUCUUCUACGUGCUAGAGCUAUUGAGAAUCAAUGCUAUGUCAUUGCAGCUGCUCAAUAUGGAAAGCACAAUAAGAAGAGAACUUCCUUUGGGCAAGCAAUGAUAGUGAAUCCUUGGGGUACCAUCAAAGCUGAAUGCCCAAAAUAUACAGAAGGCAUAGAAACAAAUCAGAGUAUUGCUGUUGCAGAAAUAGACUGUGAGCUAUUGAGAAAAAUCAGACAGGAGAUGCCUGUGCAUCAGCAUAGAAGAAAUGACAUUUAUAAUCUCAAUUUGGUGAAGAACAAGUGUCUUCCUGUUAGUGAUGAUGUAUCUUUUAGCUUUGCCAACAAAGUCAUUCCAGGGUCUACUGUGUUCUUCUGUUCAAAGUACUGUUAUGCUUUCACAAAUAUAAGGUGUGUGGUUCCUGGACAUGUACUAGUGGCAACUUUGAGGAAAACUGCUAGAUUAGUGGAUUUAUCUCAAGAAGAAAUUGCAGAUUUAUUCCAAACUGUCAUAGCUGUUCAGAGGAUAAUUGAGAUAGAACACAACUCUAGUUCAUCUACUGUUUGUGUUCAAGAUGGCAAAUUUGCAGGACAGACAGUGCCACAUGUUCAUGUUCAUAUUAUGCCCAGAAGAAAGGGUGAUUUUGCUAGGAAUGAUGACAUCUACAUGCAUCUAGCCCAGCAUGAUAAAGAUGAAAAUGAUCAGCCAAUCAGGUUACCAGAGGAGAUGAGCCAAGAAGCUAGCAAAUUAAGGAAGUAUCUAAAUUCUUAGAUAUCAGAAUUAGAUGCUUCUUGCCAUCUUAGGAAAAAUCUGUGAUAUUUUCAAAAUUAUGGCAACAUCAUAAGGAGAUGGAUUUGAUAAUCUGAGGAUGACAUAGACAGCUUCAAUUUUGUGAGUUACUACUUAUCUUAAAAUCUGCCAAUAUUGAUGCAUUUUUGUAUAUGAUAUUUUAUAAAGGGGUUGUACUGUGGGUCAACCAACAACUGUGCUUGACUAUUUAUUCUAAUAGAUUAGGGUAAAAGAAAAGGUAGAAUAAAAAUGAAUUUUCAAGUAAAAUAUACUGUACUAUAAGAAGUAAAAACAAUUCAAAAUUUCA